CUCUCCUUGAGAGAGGGAGAGUGGGAGAUGCUGGGACAGAAUAAAGACAGCCAGCAUUCUUCCAGUGAAAGUCUUGCCCCACCCCUGCAACAGGCUUCCUUGUUGGCAUUUGUUAUUACAUGGAUGACAGAGGGACUAUGGGUGUGAACAGCUAUUUAGGAAAGUUGGCAAAGGAGCAGUUGGGGAGAGGUGAGCUGUGGGCUCCACCACACAGGCUGCUGUGUGGACAGCAGCUUCUUUGGCACCUAUUGUCUAAAAGACAGGAGAAAGGAUGAGCGUGCCAGGAAAGCCAGCCCAGGCAGAUUCUGAAGGCUGCACAGGCACCAUGAACGCCAAGGAGGACGCCAAGUGGCUUCAGUGGGUGACACGUCAGUUUGAGACCAUUGCGGGAGAAGACCGGGUGAUCAACUUGCAAGAAUUCAAAGCAGCCCUGAAUGUGAAAGAGUCCUUCUUUGCUGAGAGAUUCUUCACCCUGUUUGACUCGGAUGGAAGUGGCACCAUCACCCUCCAGGAGCUGCAGGAAGGACUGACCCUGCUCAUCCAUGGCAACCCCAUGGACAAGCUCAAGUUCCUCUUCCAGGUGUAUGACGUCGAUGGGAAUGGCUCCAUCGACCCAGACGAGCUGCGCACGGUUCUCCAGUCAUGCCUGCAGGAGAGCUCCAUCUCCCUGCCGGAUGAGAAGCUAGACCAGCUGACGCUGGCACUCUUUGAGUCUGCAGACAAGGACUGCAGUGGCGACAUCACCUUCGAGGAGCUCCGAGAUGAGCUGCAGUGCUUCCCUGGGGUCAUGGAGAACCUGACUAUCAGUGCUGCCCACUGGCUAACGCCCCCCACCACCCAGGGGCACCUUCACCGUCCUCGCCCACUGACUGCUGCCUACUGGCACAAUCACCGCAGCCAGCUACUCUGCCUGGCAACCUACCUGGGCCUUCAUGUGCUGCUCUUCGCACUGGCAGCUAGUGCACACCGGGACCUCGGCAUCAGCAUCAUGGUGGCCAAGGGCUGUGGCCAAUGCCUCAACUUCGACUGCAGCUUCAUUGUGGUGCUGAUGCUCAGGCGCUGCCUCACAUGGCUACGGACCACAUGGCUGGCUCAGGUCCUGCCCCUGGACCAGAACAUCCAGUUCCACCAGCUUAUGGGCUAUGUGGUGGUCGGGCUCUCCCUUGUACACACUGUGGCCCAUAUUGUCAACUUUGCGCUCCAGGCUCAGUCUGAGUCCAGCUCCUACCAGUUUUGGGAACUGCUGCUCACCACAAGGCCUGGCAUUGGCUGGGUCCAUGGCUUGGCCUCACCAACCGGUGUGGCCCUCCUGCUGCUGCUGCUCCUCAUGUUCACCUGCUCCAGCUCCUGCAUCCGCAGAAACGGACACUUUGAGGUGUUCUACUGGACGCACCUGUCCUACCUCCCCAUGUGGGUCCUGCUCAUCCUACAUGGGCCCAACUUCUGGAAGUGGCUGCUGGUCCCUGGCACCGUGUUCUUCCUGGAGAAGGUCAUCGGGCUGGUAGUGUCCCGCAUGGCAGCUCUGAGCAUCGUGGAAGUCAAUCUCCUCCCCUCCAAGGUGACUCAUCUGCUCAUCAAGAGGCCCCCUCUUUUCAACUAUAGGCCUGGUGACUACUUGUAUCUGAACAUUCCCACCAUUGCUCGCUAUGAGUGGCACCCCUUCACCAUCAGCAGUGCUCCGGAGCAGAAAGAUACCAUCUGGCUACACAUCCGGUCAGAAGGCCAGUGGACAAACAGGCUCUAUGAGUCCUUCAAGACAUCAGACCUAGUGGACUGUGACUCCAAGAGGCUGUCAAGGAGUUUGAAAAUGAGAAGGAGCCAGGGGAGGCCCCAGGGAUUGCAACCCCAGCCCCACGACUCCAGAGCCCUGGCACAGGGUCCAGUGGCUUCCAGUGAGGACGUCACAGUGGAGCUGACAUCCUUUGGGCAUGAGGGCACUCCGUGGAAGGGGGACGAAGGCCUGGUGCCUGGUGGGAUAAAGGACAGGACUCAGGCACAGUGGGGAGCCUCCGCCAGCACCCGGGUUCCGGUCUCUGAGCUGUCCCCUGAGAACCACCAAUUCUGUAACAUCAAGUGCUACAUCAAUGGCCCUUAUGGAACCCCCACCCGCAGGAUCUUCGCCUCUGAGCACGCCGUGCUCAUCGGGGCGGGCAUUGGCAUCACCCCCUUUGCUUCCAUCCUGCAGAGCAUCAUGUACAGGUACCAGAAGAGAAAGCGCACUUGCCCCAACUGCCAGCACUCCUGGAUGGAGGGCAUCCAGGACGAUGACAUGAAGCUCCACAAGGUGGACUUCAUCUGGAUCAACCGACACCAGCGGGCUUUUGAGUGGUUUGUCAGCCUGCUGACCAAACUGGAGAUGGACCAGGCCGAGGAGACUCAAGAGGGCCGCUUCCUGGAGCUGCACAUGUACAUGACCUCUGCACUCAGCAAGAAUGACAUGAAGGCCAUCGGCCUGCAGAUGGCUCUCGACCUUGUGGCCAAGAAAGAGAAGAAGGACUCCAUCACGGGCCUGCAGACGCGCACCCAGCCUGGGCGGCCAGACUGGAACAAGGUGUUCCAGAAAGUGGCCGCGGAAGACAAGGGCAAGGUGCAGGUCUUCUUCUGUGGCUCCCCGGCCCUGGCCAAGGUGCUCAGGGCCCACUGUGAGCGGUUCGGCUUCAGAUUCUUCCAAGAGAACUUCUAGCCCCUCCUUUCCAGGCUCUGCCCCAGUCCACACGGCCGGCCAGCUGGAUGGCAUUGCUACCAGUGCCCCACAGGGCCCAGCCUUGGACAGCCACUGAAUCCUGCUCCACACGCAAAGCGGGAGGCCCCAAGGGGCAGAUGGACUCCCCUCACCAGGGGCUGGGGCGGGGGGCUUCCAGGGCAACCGCUCCUCCAGAAGUCCCCCAAGGGGACCUCCCGCUACAACAGGGGUCCUAGACCCACCGAAUCAUCACGAUCAUUUGGGAACUUUCUCCCUUGGUGUUCUGUGAAAAUUUUCAAACAUACAGAAAAUUAAGAGAAUUGUACAGUGAGCAGUGUUAUCUAGUUUCUAGAGUCCUCAAUGAACAUCUUGCUAUAUUUGCUUUAUGACAUGUUAUCCCUCCCUCCCUCCCUCCCUCUGCCCACCCAGCAGUGUACCUUACUUUGUGAUGCAUUUCAAAGCACACUCUGCCACUCAGUAGAUUUCUUUAGGUGCUGAUUCUUGGGUUGCACUCCCAGAGAUUCUGAUUUUGAAGAUCUGGAAUGAGACUGGGAAUGCAUAUUUUCUCUGAAAUCUAUCCCAGUAGGGAGAGAGAAGCACCAUAUUUUUUUUUUACCUUUCUCUGUGUCAUUGUCUUCCCGUCAUCUCUAUCUGUGCUCCUUUUCCUCUCGCUCCCUCCCUCUCUGUCUCUGCCUCUUGCUCCUGGGAGUGUCCCUCAGUGCCCCUCCUCUGCUCUGCCUGUCAGUGCCCCCCUUUCCUCACUCACUGAGAAAUAGGAUGUGGACAGUGCUCGUGUGUCUGUAGGGCCACAGAAGGGCCAUGUGCCAGAAACCGAGCAGGUUGAAACCUGAAGCUCAGCUCAGCCACACCCCAGCCGUGUGGCCCUGGCAAGCCCUGUGAGUCUGUUGCAUCAUCUGAAUAAUGGGAAUGAUGACCUCUCCAGUCCCAACUGGAAGUGAAAUGAGACAUCACUGUAAGCACUCAGGGCAUUCGUCUUCCAUCCCUGUGUGGUUCUUUAUCGUGGUCCCUGCACCUUCUGGCUAUGUCAGGGCCCCCUCCUUCUCUGCAUCCUAGCGUCUGUUUGCAUCUGUCACUCUCUGGGCAGGAGUGGAUGGCAGAGCCGGCAGAUGCGAAAACUCUCCUAGGAGACACUUUGGGGAGUAGAGGCCCUGGGCUGCAAGCAGGGGUGGGAAGGCUGGCCUCACUCCUCGGAUAUGAGCUGCCCCUCGCCACAAGCCCCUGUAAACCCCAGGGUUCCUGGGAACCCUCCACCUUGCAGCCAGUCUUGCCAGGUUCUGUCUUUUCUGUGACAGUCUAGAACACUCAUCCCCAAGCUGCCUUCAUGGGGUUGGGAUCAGGCAUUUCCCAACAGGAUUGUAGAUUGUGCCUUUCUUUUCCAUGGAUUGGGUUGGAGUUCCCUGGGGGAGAAGAGGAAAAGAAUCAAGAUUCUAAAAUCCACGUGUUUGAUUUGUGACCAAGUGUGUCCAAAGGCUUUCUCUCCAGGCAUAUUCCAGUUGCCCACUGGAGGGCGAUGCUGAAUCAGGGAUCCCAGGAACAAUCAUUUGCUGGGAAGGAGGCUGCUUCCUGAGUGGCCCUGAAUCAAAAACAGGCUAGAGAAGACUGCACCUCACUCCAGAGCUCCUGGCUCAAGGCAACAUGUCUCUCAGGCACAACUAUGAUGUCAGAGAGUUCAUUUUCAAGGUCAGAGUUUCUCUAGCUGCCAGCCUCUUGUUCCAACACACCACGCACACAUGUGUGCCCACACCUAGUGACCAGAUUCUGGGCUUUGCUCUUGCCCAUCUGCAACGUCAGGACGGGCCUACCUGGGGAGAAUUUGCAGGCCCAGGCUCUGCCAGCUCAUAUGAUCACAGGUGGCAGGAUCAAAUAUGUAGGUGUGCAGAUCACUCGGUCUGUCCACCCGGAUGGUUCCCAGAUGUCCAGAUGGGACCAUCCUGUUGUCAGCAAGAGUCAAAUGCAUCUGCAUGGCUGGCUGAUUUUUCUCUUUUCACCCAGAUGUUGGCAAUGCUGUAGAUACAUCUGGGCCCAAGAGAACUAAGGCUGACACACACACACUGAGAAGAGGAGCACAGGCCGACUUCAGACAGACAGCGGAUGGGUGCUGUGAGCUCCCCGGGGUCAGACCUGGGCCCCGAAUCUAGCACAAAGGGAGGGGCAACAGGCCGAAUGCAGACAUCAGUUACGACCAAGCUACAAGGUUGCUUAAAAGGGAAUUAUCCUUGGGAAGGGCUUCCUGAAUAUAAUUGUCAUUUGUAAUCUGGA